AUGGUAAUCCAUUAUUCUGGUGUGACUCUGUGCAUCAACCGUUUCUCAAAUUUAUGGACGUGGAACUCCAACAUCAGACACCUUGUCAAUCAGGGCCAUGCCCAAAACGCACUUGUUCUCUUCCGCCAGAUGAAGCAAAGUGGCGUCACGCCCAACAACUCAACCUUUCCCUUCGUCUUAAAAGCAUGUGCCAAACAUUCCCAUCGCAGGAACUCCCAAAUCAUCUAUGCCCGCGUCCUCAAAUCCUGCUUUCAGUCCAACAUUUUCGUGCAAACCGCCAUGGUUGACAUGUAUGCCAAAUGUGGUCACUUGGACGAUGCACACAACGUGUUUGUGGAAAUGCCCGUGAGGGACAUUGCUUCUUGGAAUGCAAUGCUGUUGGGAUUCGCUCAGUCUGGCUUCCUUGAUAGGCUGUCCUGUCUUCUACGUCACAUGAGGCUUUCUGGAAUUCGUCCGGAUACAGUCACUGUCUUGCUACUCAUUGAUGCGGUUUUGUGCGUGAAAAGUCUGACAUUUUUGGGUGCGGUUCAUUCCUUUGGGAUUCGGAUUGGUGUGCAUAUGGAUGUUUCUGUGGCAUAUUCAAAGCUGAUGAAAUGA